AUGCCUUGGACACCGGCUCAAAGAAACCGUCUUGCAACAGAGAAACGAAUUUUAGAGCGUUUCUUUCCAGGCCGAGUGACGUGGAUAGAACCAACAGGCGACACGAAAGUCGAAGUCUUGCUUAACACCAACAAUGGCAACAAAUAUUGCCUGAGAAUCUAUCUGAAAUCUGAAGAAGAGAGCAGUUCUGACUUCCCAAAUUCUGUUCCAGAUAUGGUGAGGAUGAUUUUACCGUUAGAUUUACUAUUAUAUUGGUGGGUUGCGGGCUAAUGUUGAUUGUUGACAUUUGAUAAAUGAAACCAGUAUAGGUUUCAAUUCUAUUUGCCUGAUCCAAAUACAAGAUUAACCUGUUGCUAUAAUAUGAUUAACAUUAUCUUCUCACAUCUGUUGGUAAUAUUUUCAUAUCUGUUAUUUCAUUGAAAUUAGGUCACGUUUAGGGUUGGCGUUAGAACCGAUGGGGCUUGGGAUUCAAGGCCACAGCUAUAUGUGUGUGCCCCCUCUCUCCAGGGCCAGGUAUAUUAGAAAUUGGGGGGGCUAAAGGGGUGAUUUUAAUUAAUUUUAGAGGUUUCAUUUAGACUGUUUAAUAAUUUGGCUGUCAAAAAUAAGGCUUCAGCCCUGGCCCGUCUCGCGGUCCUGCUCCCCAAUAUUUUGGGUCAAAAAUUUAAAAGAUUAGCAUUGUAUUUAAGUUAUGUUGUUAUCAUAUCAAUCAUACUAAAUCAUAGAUGAAACUGAUUUAAAUUUUAGGUAGUACGUUCGUCUCCGAAGCCAAUGCCUCGCUGGGGUGUUGAUGGUGAUAAACAUACACUGGGCUACCGUGAUGAUUUUUUGAAGAUUUGUCAUUAUCGUACAAGUCGUUGGACGGACCGGUCUACGCUUUAUGAGGUCGUUAUGAAAGGAAGAUUUUGGUUGGAGGCGUACGAAGGAUAUUUGAAAACAGGCAAAUGUCUGAGCGCAUUUCUGGGCGAGAUGCGAGCAUAG